GUUAACAUUAUCGGGUCAAGAUUCCAAUUUUGUGGGUUCUAAUUUUUAGUCGGUAGCUAAUAGAAUUAAACAGUAGUUUUAUAACGAUAUCUUAAUGAAUAAAGUGUACAAUGAGACUUUUAAUUUAUUCAUUAGCCGCUUUUAUUGUUGCUAAUUUAAACACCGGUAAUGAAAAUUCUGGGAAAAAGUUGUGGGAGGUCGUGUGGGAUUAUUUGGUUAGUGGGUCCAAGGUCCAUGCUGAUAGUGGAUUAAGUAUAAGCCAAUUUCUGGAUAAAUACCAAUACCCAUUGGAAUUUCACGAGGUCACCACUGAAGAUGGAUAUAUACUGACCCUACACAGGGUGCCCCAUGGGACCAACAAAACCGAAGAAAUUCAGCAGAAACCUGCGAUUCUACUGGUUCACUGUCUGGCAUGUUCUUCCAUGGACUGGAUAUGGCAAGGGCCAAAUAGAUCUUUGGGAUUAAUCUUGGCUGACAAAGGUUAUGACGUUUGGCUUGCCAAUACCCGAGGUAACGCCCACUCAUUAAACCACGAAACUCUCACGCCCCAGAACGCCUCUUAUUGGGAUUUCAGUUUCCACGAAAAGGGUUACUACGACAUGGCUGCCAACAUCGAUUACAUUUUGAAUGUCACUGGCCUAAGCAAUAUAACUUACAUCGGACACUCCCAGGGUACCACAGAUGGACUGGUGCUAACCUCUAGUAGACCCGAAUAUAACGAGAAGUUAAAUUUAAUGGUACUGCUGAGCCCUAUUGGCUAUUUGGAGCAUAUGGCCAGUCCGUUGGUGCAGUUGUUGGUUGAUUAUAACAGUUUGAUUAAGACUGUCCUGCAUUUAUUUAACAUCUACGGAUACCAGUACAAUCCUUUUACGGGAUAUUUGGGAGAAAUAGUAUGUAAUGAAAACAGCCCUUUACAAGGUCUAUGUAUCCUUGUCAUGGAUCUCUUUGCAGGAUUUGAUUUUGAACAAGUUGAUAAGUCUGCUCUGACGGUUUUUUUGACAAACAGUCCAAAUGGAAUAUCUUAUAGAGACAUCGAGCACUAUACUCAAGAAGUCACCUCAGCUCAGUUUAGACAAUACGACUAUGGCAAUUCGAUAUCAAACUUUAUCCACUAUGGACAAUCUGAGCCACCCUCUUACAACAUAUCAAAUAUUAAGGUGCCAUUGGCUGUAUACUAUGCAAAAAACGAUUUUAUGGCAGCUGUAGAAGAUGUAGAAAGACUACUGUCCGAACUGCAGGCUCCAAUAGUGGAGAAACACCUGAUAGAAUACGAGAAGUUUAACCAUUUGGACUUUAUUAUUGCAAAAGACGUUAAGAAACUUUUAUAUGAUCGAGUGCUGUCCCUAAUCCAGAAACAGAUUCCUGUGAUAUAAGAAAGCAUGUUAAUGAUUGUGAUAUUUAUUUCGUAAUAUAUUUUUUAAGUAUUA